AUGCACUUGGGGCGCACUUCCCUGCUGCUCGGGCUCUUGCUAUAUGGCAUCAUUUCGUCGGGUAUUCUCAUGUGCCAGGGAGGCGACGGCCACAACGAGGUGUAUGUUGAACUCCUUGAUGGGAAUAGAGACAUUUUGGGAAGUGCUCUCCAUUGCAGAAGACUAGCCGGUGCUCAUGGGGAUCUCCAUUUGGCUCCAUGCGCUGCCCCGAUCGCUCUCGAUCCGAUCCCGACCUUGCUCCUGCAAACUUCCGUCCAAGCACCAAACCUACACCGAAUUAUCGAGCUCCUGCACCAAUGUCGAUCUGAUGGAGCGCGAUUCCCUGCAACAGCUUUGCACAAGCGAAUGUCUCCUUACGAAGGUGUCGGAAUCGCGUCACAUCUCAGCAGAGGAUCAAAGGGCUGUGCCGUGAUCGUGGCCAUACGGACCGAGAAUCAGGAUGCUGAAGCUAUGAAAAAGAGACGAAAGGCGGGUGAAAGAGAUGCAUCCCACAUGGGCGCCUCGCGACUGCUGGGAGUCGCUCAACACUACACAGACUGGGAACAGGACCAUAUCUGAUCAUACACAGUAGCUCGGCUCGUAAUGAAUCAAUUCUCUAUUGAGUUUGAUCUACGAUGCUUCCAAAGGCAGUUGUUCAGAGCUCGACCACGACCUUCUUAGCACUGACGCCAGCCUUGUUCUUGUCCAUACCCUUCUGAACACUCUCGAGGCCCUUGCCGAUGACUAGCGGCUCUGGUACUGCCUUCAGCUUACCCUGCUCCAACGCAGGUGUGAUGUACUUCUCCCAAAGCGGAUGAUUCACAGCAUUAAUAGCGAAGAUUUUUCCAAACUUGAUGCUUGAUGGCUUGCUCUCUGGACCAUCCAUCGUGGUAGCUACAGUACCGCCACCAAGCUUCUCGGCGAUUGGGACGACAUGCUUGAAAGAUGAUUCCAAUGAGAUGGCAUCAUAGACGCCAAUGAAGUCGCCGCCGGCAGCCUUGACAGCCUUCACCACAUCAUCGACAACGUUCGGAUCAUUGUAGUCGAUGGCUUCGCUGGCGCCCAGCUUUUUCACGAAGUCAUGAUUGUGCUUGCUCGCAACUGCGAUUACUUUGACGCCGGAUGCGAUUGCCAGCUGGACCGCGAGAGCACCGACUGACGAAGAGCCGCCCCAGACGACGAUGGUCUUAUUGAUCGACUUUGGCUCCAAGGACGGAUAUGGAAGUCCGAAGAAACCAUCCUCCUUGGCAUAUAGGCCAUG